AUGCUGCCGUCUUGCCUAAAAUCGCUGAACUUCUUCAUUUCUUGUCCUAAGUUGGACACCAUCUUCCCAUCAGCAUCACCCUUCACCGGGCUAGAGGAGCUGCUCAUCACCAAGUGCAGUGAGCUGGAGACCCUUCCAGAUCGCAUAGGACACUUGCUGCCGUGCCUGCGCAAGCUGGUCAUUCAUGCGCUCGUGGGGCUCAUAAGGCUGGAGUUGACGGAAUGUUGGCAGCUGAGUGGACCCCCUGCUGGUCUGCCACCAUCUCUUGAGACCCUCUGCUUGGGGCCCUUCAGGGAAGAAGAUUCCUCCCAUGUGGUGGACAUCUCUGGGUUGUCGCAGCUGAGGGUGCUGAAACUGAACUGCGUUGUGGUGCGCUGCGGGCCUGCAGUGAGCAGCAUGUUGCCGUGUCUGCAGCAGCUGGAGCAGCUGGAGAUGCGUUUGGAACGUGAUAGUGAGGAGCUCCUGAUCCCCUUAAUGUUGCUCCCUCGCCUGCGCAGCAUGCUGAUAGAAGCGCCGGAUAUCUGCAGCCUUCCAGAAAAUCUGGCAACAGUGUUGCCGGAGCUACGGCAGCUGGAGCUUCGCUCUUGGUCACCGGAGGAGCUGCCGGGAAGCAUAGUGGAGCUCAGCUCGCUGACGACUUUGAUUGUUAACGCACCUCAACUGACGUCGCUACCUCAGGGCAUGAGCCGCUUGUCUCGGCUGCGCAAACUGGAGCUGAUUCGCUGCACCGCCUUGCAGCACCUCCCUGAGUGUCUCACCCAGCUGCACCGGCUGAUACUGCAUGGCACCUCCGUCUCAUCCCUUCCUGCCGAUUUCGUGCAGCUGACGGCUGAAGAGCAUUGA